CGAUUUUUCCUGACUGUCUCCUACUCCAGUGGAAGACGACGAGGUGAAAGUCAAACUGCAGAUUGGGUGAGGAGAAUAUUCCAUUUGGCUCUCACGCACGGACCGGACCGCAUUGGCCGCAGCAUUGAGUGCGAGCGCGCGCACACACACCCAGACACACACACGCACACACACCCUGGCACACACUCCUCACUCAUCCAAGGCGAUGCAUUCCGACGCCACGGACCACUCCUCGCUUGAGUCGCCCCGAUUUUAGGAUGGUGCAGAAAUCCCUCAACGGCGGUGUAUACCCAACUCAAGCCGGCGAGAGGAAGCACAAAGUCGGCUUCGUGGGUCUGGAGCCGGGGGGUCCCGAAUCGAGCCGGGACGGGGCGCUGCUCAUCGCGGGAGCGGAGAACAGCACCAAGCGGGGCAGCAGCAUCCUGUGCAGACCCAGAGCGAGCAUCUCCUCCGGGAGCAGAGCCAGACCUCCCAAAAAGAACGCCAGUUACCGCAAGCUGCAGAAUUUUCUCUACAAUGCGCUGGAAAGACCGCGGGGAUGGGCGUUCAUCUACCACGCUUAUGUCUUCCUCCUGGUCUUUUCCUGUCUCAUUCUCUCAGUUUUUGCCACCAUUAGAGAGUUCAAAAAUAGCUCAGAGAGUGCCUUGUACAUCCUGGAAAUCGUGACUAUCGUGGUGUUUGGAGUGGAGUACAUUGUGAGGAUAUGGGCUGCUGGCUGCUGCUGUCGAUACAGAGGAUGGAGAGGGAGGCUCAAAUUUGCCAGGAAGCCUUUUUGUGUCAUAGACAUGAUGGUGCUGGUUGCCUCGGUGUCUGUGCUGGCGGCUGGAUCUCAAGGCAAUGUUUUUGCCACGUCGGCCAUCAGGAGUCUGAGGUUCUUACAGAUCCUUCGCAUGCUGCGUAUGGACCGCCGAGGGGGCACUUGGAAGCUGCUUGGAUCAGUCGUGUACGCCCACAGCAAGGAACUCAUCACAGCAUGGUACAUCGGAUUCCUGUGUCUCAUCUUGGCUUCAUUCCUGGUCUACUCGGUGGAGAAGGAGUCCAACAAAGAGUUUGAGACCUAUGCCGAUGCCCUUUGGUGGGGACUGAUAACUCUUACCACCAUUGGCUACGGAGAUAAAGUUCCCCAGACUUGGAAUGGGCGCCUGCUGGCGGCCACCUUCAGUAUGGUUGGCGUGGCCUUCUUUGCACUUCCUGCCGGCAUUCUUGGUUCUGGUUUUGCCCUCAAAGUUCAAGAGCAGCACAGGCAGAAACAUUUUGAAAAGAGACGCACUCCCGCAGCAAGCCUCAUCCAGGCUGCAUGGAGGUUUUAUGCAACCAACCUUUCCCGCACGGAUCUGAUAUCCACUUGGGAUUUUUAUGAGCAGACUGUAGCAACCCCAAUGUACAGAUUAAUUCCGCCUCUGAAUCAAUUGGACCUGCUGAGGAAUCUAAAAGGAAGGUCUUUCAGGAAGGAGUCCCAAACAGAAACCUCUCCCAGUCGGAAGGCGAGCCUGAAGGACAAGGUGUUCCCCAGUCCUUCCAAGCCCCCAUUGGCCAAAGGGAAAGACCAGUCUCCUGGACCAGAAGAUGGCGCUGAGGUGAGCCCUGGCAAGGUCGCUAAGAGCUGGAGCUUUACGGAGAAGAACCGAGGACCCAAGCAUUCCUUCAGAGUCCGAGGCAGCGCCUCACGACAAAACUCAGAGGCAAUUGAAGGUUUAAUAAGUAAGACAAUGGGAUAUUUUUGGUUGGCUUAUAGGGGGGGGGGGGACAGUCGUCAAGACAAGCUUCAUCUAUUUGAAAAACAUGCAUGCUGAAAUCUGCUGAGAUUUUUUUUCACUUGACAUGAACCCCUUUUCUAUUUUUUCUUUUUAGCCCUGUAUUUUGGGAUCUAUAGCCACCACUAAAUUUGCCGGGAUAAGUGAACAAAUUGCCACUGAUGGUAGAUUAGUAAGUUAAUUGUGGGUUCAAGUCAAGUGGUGUCAAGAUAAAAGGGAAAAUGCCCCCAAAAGUGCCCAAGUCGCCAUUUUGCAUGAAGAGUCCUCACUUUACUAGCAUCCGUCAACAGCGGUCGACUCUAGAGACCUUUGCCUUACUGCCACAAAAUCCUUCAAAACACCAUCUGGCUCAACUGAAUUGAAUCAAUACUCAGCAUAAUUUCAGAGUACUUGUCAAAGGUUUCAACAAAGCUUCACAUUAUCUGUACUCUCCUUUGCACUGAUUUUAUUCUGUUUCACAAAGCCAACAAAUGUUGCUCACAAACGUGCUAUUGAUCACUUUGCAUAUUUACUCUGUCAAAGACAAAAGCAACAGCUAUGCUUUGCUUCUUUUCUUGACACAGGUCAUGGGAGGGCCAAUGUCAUCUUUCUGAAAGUGUCCUUCUCUUUCUUCUGUAGAGGCCAGCUUUCCAGGAGAGGACAUUGGCGACGACAAGAGUUGUCACUGUGAGUUUCUCGCUCAGGAAUUGCCACCAGGGUUAAGGGUUG